AUGGGGCUGAAUUUGUGGUCCAGUCAUCUAGAAGUGGUGGGAUACUCGGAUUCAGACUAUGCCGGUUGUGUAGAUUCGAGAAAGUCUACAUUUGGCUACUUGUUUCUCCUAGCUAGAGAAGCAAUAUCAUGGAAAAGCGGAAAGCAGUCUGUCAUUGCUACUUCCACAAUGGAGGUUGAAUUUGUGGCAUGCUUUGAGGCCACUGUUCAUGCAUUGUGGUUACGGAACUCUACCUUAGGUCUAGGUAUUGUCGACAGUAUAGCUAGACCUUUGAGAAUUUACUGUGAUAAUUCCGCAGCUGUCUUCUUCUCUAAGAAUGAUAGAUACUCUAAGGGUGCAAAGCACAUGGAUUUGUGA